AUGGCUUGCAUUAUUAUUGAUAGUCUAAUGCGAGGGGCCUUCGCUCGUGACGUGGCUGACAUUCGCCGCGCAUGCGCGAGCCGUGAUCUUGGCAAUGGUGGCUGGGCGGCGGCGCUAAAGCGGUCGCUGUACCCGGCCGCGCACUGCCCCCUCCCCCCCGGCUCUCCCCCUCCCCCGCCCGCACCAGCGCAGCCUUUUGACAACCGAGAGGCGUUGGGGGCGCAGGGGUGCGGGUGCGCGGGCGCAGGGGCGGGCGGGGGCGGGCGGCGCGGGCGCGGGCGGACCCGUCCGGGCAACGGUGUCGCCGGCGCUCCGCAGUCGCACACACCGGCGCCCACCGCACCGCUCAGUCCUAUCGCAGCGGCCAACGGUACCGCAUGUGCCGCUAGCUGCCACGCGCACGCGGGGAACACACCGUGUAGUGUUAUGAUGCAAACUUGUGUUGAUCGUUAUUGGACGGGG